GCGUGCGCGCAUACAACGCUGUAACUUGGCCGAUAGCGCUCGCGUACGCCCAAUUUUUAAACACAAAUAAAAACCGGGAUGAAAUUUUCUUUGUAAACAAACAUCGCGUGGAAAUGAACUGAACUGUUUUCAUAAAAAUAUUAUCGAUUUUCAAAGUGACUCUUGUUGACAAAAUGUUGUGGGAGAACGGUGCGACAGAAGACGCAGAAACGAUGCCACAGACAGUGCCCAGGUCCGGGUAUAGCCCGCCGUCAGCGUCUCAGGGUGAAAGAGCAGUACCAGCUUCACCUUCCGAUAUACACCACUUAUUGCGCCUCCUCGGUGCAGAAACCCCGCCAGAGCCCAUGCUACAUUCCCCGCCCACACACACCAAACCACCGCCUCCAUACCCAGAAGAUAAUAAUCUACUUGAACGUCUUUACGAUUUUGAAGCCUAUCCCACACCGUCUCCAUCUUCAGACGAAGGUUCCAUUCCAACAGUAGCAUUACACCCGUCUUCUCCUUACAACUCUUUCCAAUACUCACCAGUAUUUAUCAAAGAAGAACCAAACAGACUUACGGUUCCAGGAUUCGCUUCACCAUACCCUUUAUCCCCAUCGGGCUCUUGUGUAUCAUACGGAAGUCACAAUCAAUACUCCUCCCCAGUACCACAACACGACGAAUACAUUGAUAUCGAAGAACUGUUAAAAGAAAACCAGAUAUUACAAGAGAACACACAACACACUUAUAUCACACCUAAGUUGGAAAUAGAGGAGCCCAGAGAUCACGUUUUAUUAAGAUCAGCCCUCGAAGAUACGUCGUUUCAAAAGAGACAUAAUUUACGGCCAAUACCAUUGGAACUAGGAAGUGUCAAAAUGGAAGAGAGCAGUGGAGGAGCAGAUAAUGAUGUGUUAACUGCACCUGAUAUAGACCGUGUUCUAUCAAUGGCAAUUGAGCAGUCUAAACGAGAUGUUGAUAAUACAUGCACCGUCCUUGGUAUAUCACCAGAUCCCAUGCAAUGGAAUACAAGUGACGUCAAGUCCUGGGUGAUGUUUACAUUACAACAUUAUAACCUACCGAUGGUGCCUACAGAAUAUUUCGCGAUGGAUGGAGCAGCUUUAGUCGCGUUAACGGAAGAAGAAUUCAACCAGAGAGCUCCUCAGGCGGGAAGCACGCUAUACGCUCAACUGGAAAUCUGGAAAGCGGCACGACAUGAGAGUUGGAGAAGCCCCUGGACAGAACAUGAACAACCUUCACCCACACCAGCCCCCGUCGGCUUACCUUCUGCUGAAGACACAAGUGAUGAUGAAGAUUCAGAAUCAGCCGGCACGAGUGUAACACAGGGAGGUGGAAAAGUGAAGACGGGAAGCACACACAUACACCUGUGGCAGUUCUUGAAGGAGUUGCUGGCAUCACCCCACGUACAUGGUUCAGCUAUACGGUGGUUAGAUCGAAGUAACGGGGUCUUCAAAAUUGAAGAUUCAGUACGUGUAGCCAGACUGUGGGGUAAAAGAAAGAACAGGCCGGCGAUGAACUACGACAAGCUUUCCCGAAGCAUUCGCCAAUACUACAAAAAAGGCAUCAUGAAGAAAACGGAACGAAGUCAGAGGCUCGUUUAUCAGUUUUGUCAUCCGUAUUGUUUGUAAUUUUCCUAUAAGUUAUAAUGUAAAUAUUUAUUGUAAAUACGAGUGUGAGAGCCGCGGUAAUGCGGACGAUUUGAAAACUGUUUGAGUUUACCGAAGUACGAUAAACUCAAAACAGUUUUAAGAGUUUGUCGAUGCUCCGAACGACUCGGUGUAGACGAGUAAACGUCUAGAGAUCGUGACGACAUCGUGUGAUGCCCCUCCAUACAAUUCGAGAAAGGUAAUUUUCUCCAGAAUUUUAUUGGACGGGGUAGUGAUUGUGAUUAGUUUUAAGUCUUUUUUUUACCGACGAUUAGAGUACGAUAAAAAUCGAAUAAUCGAUCGAUCGUGCAUCGAAAGUUGGUAAUGUUUAUCCCAUAUAUCUAUGAUAUAUUUCUAGUACGUUCUAUGAACUUUUAGAUUAGUUAUCUAUUUGUAAAUAAUUCGAAUCGUGUUAAUGUGAGAUUAAACAACUAUUGAUUUAGUUGUUAAAGAUUAAUUAUACGCUUUAAGUAAUAAUUGUUUUGUUUUAACGUUAGUCUGUAGGUGUAGUGUUGAUUACAUUAUUUAUAAAAUGUAGUGUUUGUUGAAAACAAAGGGACACAUGCAAUGUAGUUUAGACAUAGUCUAAGUUGUAAAGCGGCGUUUGAAUUCGCGUACAUAAAUGAAUUUUGUGCCAAAUAGAUAUGUAUUCACUUCGAAUUUAUUCGGGACAAAAUUACAAUCGAUAGUCUAAUCGAUGUAAAAAUUGUAAAAUUGAUAUUAAUGCGGUGUUGGGUUAUUAAGGAUAAGUUUUAAUAGUUAUAAGAAUCGACGCAGUUAGCGUUUAUAUUGAUAUGUUAAUGGACCAAACUAAUGUACACUUUAUUAUGACACAGUAAUUAUUAUUGACACGAAAUAAAUGGCCAUUUAAAAUUUUA